UUUCCAGGGAACUUGCACUUGGUUCUGGUGUUGCGUCCCACUACUUUGUUCCAGCGGACUCUGUCAGACUUCCUGUUCAAGUUCAACAGGGACGAGUUCAAAAUGAAGGUGGUGAUGCUGAGUUCGGUGACUGAGCUCCAUGCUUAUAUUGACCCAGGACAACUCACCACAGAGCUGGGAGGCACACAGGAGUACUGCCACGAGAGCUGGAUCUCUCACCGCACUGCAAUUGAGGCGUUUGCCCUCAUGGUGAAGACCACGGCUCAGACUCUGCAGGCGUUUGGCACUGAGCUUGCAGAGACAGAAUUACCCAACGACGCCGAGGCCACCACCAACCUGCUGCACACACACACACUGAAGAAGGACACGAUGAAGGAGGACCUGCAGGUGGCACUUUCUCAAGGGGGACGCCUGUUGGACUGCAUCAACGAGCCUCUACAGACAGACCCCGAAUACAGCAUGACCCAUGAUGAACUGGAGAAUUUGGCGACUGUACAGAGACUCCUGGGUCAGCUGGAUGAGACCGAGACGGCGUUCGAUGAUUUUUGGGAGCGCCACCGCACCAAGCUGGAACAGUGUUUGCAGCUGCGCCAUUUUGAACAGCACUUCCGUGAAGUGCGCGCCCAGCUUGAUGUGACCUCAGAGAGGCUGUCGGGUUUCUCUGAGAUCAGCGUCAGCCCCGCCCACGCCGAGCAUGUCCUCCGAGAACUCGGUGGGCACGAGGACAAGGCCUGUGACGUCCUGGACCGCGCCCUGUCCCUGUCCAGCGAAGGUGACAGGCUGAUAGAAAACUCGCACUAUGCCGAGGACUCCAUCAGGCCGAAGUGCAGCGAGUUAAGGGGGGUGUGCGAGGAGAUCAGCGCCACACUGAGGAGCAAGAAGAACCUGCUGCUCAGGGCGAUGGAGAUGCACCACGCUCUGGAGAAGGCGUCACAGUGGUGUGAGGAGGGCAUCUUCCUGUUGGCCAGCCAGCCUGUUGACCGCUGUCAGUCCCAGGACGGUGCUGAAGCGGCUCUGCAAGAACUGGAGCGAUACCUGGACACGGCGCCGCUUCACACCCUCGCCGACCGCAGCGCUAUCUGCUGCCAGUAUGAAUCGGUGCUCACCACUCAGCUCAGGGACCAGGUAGAGAGAGUUUUCCAGAAGCAGGGCUCUGUGCAGGAGAUGUUCGAGAAGAGACGCAUCAGCUUGAAGAAACUCGCCGCCAAACAGACCAGACCGGUCCAGCCAGUAGCACCGCGACCCGAAGUCAAGUCACCGCACUCCUCGCCCAAUCAACAGAGAAAAGAGAGGAGAUACUCUGCAGAUAAUGCCAUCUGCAAAAAGGUGGAGUCUCCUCUUCAUAAUGGCAGCACCAGACACGCUUCUCUCUCAGAGGAAGAAGAAAACCUGGCAGUGCUUCGGCGUCACGUGAUGAAUGAGCUGCUGGAGACGGAGAGAGCGUACGUGGAGGAGCUGCUGUGUGUGCUGGAGGGCUACGCAGCAGAGAUGGACAACCCUGCCAUGGCUCCCCUCAUCCCCAGCACACUGCUCAGCAAGAAGGACGUCCUGUUUGGGAACAUGUCUGAGAUCUACCAGUUUCACAAGAGGACGUUUCUAAAGGAACUGGAAGCGUACACUGACUACCCAGAGCUGGUGGGCCGCUGCUUUUUAGAACGGAUGAAGGACCUGCAGAUCUACGAGGCCUACUGCCAAAACAAACCUCGCUCCGAGAGCUUGUGGAGACAAUGCUCCGACUGUGCCUUCUUCCAGGUCGGCCCCUCGCUUCUCAACUUUGCUGGGGCUCCACGACAACAAUAUACACUUUUUCUUAAUCUGUUUGUGUUUUUUGUGAAUCAGGAGUGCCAGAAGAAGCUAGAACAUAAACUUGGUUUGGACUCCUACCUCCUAAAACCUGUCCAGAGAAUCACCAAGUACCAGCUACUGCUUAAGGAGUUGUUGAAGUACAGUAAAGGCCGUGAUGGCUGUGAUGACCUACAGGAGGCGCUCUCCUCUAUUCUUGGGAUCCUGAAAGCUGUGAAUGACUCCAUGCACCUCAUCGCCAUCACAGGAUAUGAGGGUAACCUCUCGGAGCUGGGUCGUCUGCUCAUGCAAGGCUCCUUCAGCGUGUGGACGGAGCACAAAAAAGGCCACGCCAAGGUCAAGGACCUGGCCCGCUUCAAGCCCAUGCAGCGGCACCUGUUCCUGCAUGAGAAGGCGCUGCUCUUCUGCAAGAGGAGGGAGGAGAACGGCGAGGGCUACGAGAAAGCGCCGUCCUACAGCUUCAAACACUCGCUCAGUAUGAGUGCCGUGGGAAUAACAGAGAAUGCUAAAGGAGAUAACAAAAAGUUUGAGAUUUGGUGCAAUUCCAGAGAUGAAGUUUUUAUUGUGCAGGCUCCAACGCAAGAGAUAAAAACUGCGUGGGUGAAUGAGAUCCGCAAAGUUCUGACCCAGCAACUCAAAGCAUGCAGAGACGCCAGACAACAGAAGAACUUAGACUCUGUUUCUCUGAGUCCCACCAGCAGCAGCACCUCCAUCUCUCUCAGCCCGUUCCGUAGCAAUGGUCAGAAGAACCAGAAGAAGCAGGACGAGAAGAAAGCAGAGCUGAGCCCGACCUCCGAUGCAAACUCCUCUUCCUCACCCAAACAUAAAGAGCCGGCCGCCCAUGUCACACUGAGCAGAGUCAAAUGGAUGAGUACCUCUAGUCUGUUACAGAGCAGGCGGCAAGGCUGGAGCAAGACGUCUCUCUCGGUGGAUGCCUCAGAGGAAAAUGACGGCUACUCCAGUGGCGAGGACCCCAUGAACUCAGACCCUGAGGAUGACGGAGGAAAGAAGCUGGCCCCAGGAAAGUACACGGUGGUAGCAGACUGCGAGAAGGCGGGACCUCAGGAGCUGUCUGUCAAGAGCGGAGACGUGGUGCAGCUAAUCAGAGAGGGAGAGGACGGACAGUGGUUUGUGAGGAACCUUCGCAGCAGUAAGGAGGGCUGGGUGGCGGCAGCAAACCUCCUCAGCCUCAUCUCAGAGUCCAAGUCGUCGCAGUCGCUCAGCAGCUCAGACGGCAGUGUCUCCGGCAACCUCAGCACUUCUUCCAGCUGCAGCGAGACCUACACCAGCUACUCCGACAUCAAACCCUGAACCGACUGCACUUUUUCCCCCAAACUCCACCUGAAAUCAUUGGCAGGUGAAAAUUCAAGAAACCUGAAGCUGCCUCUGACAGACUCUCAAUGGUCACACACUCACAUACACUUAUUGCAGUUUGUCUGAUCCAACCAGAAACUCGAGAACAAUCAUGGUAUCUGCAAAUGUUCUGCUGAGUUAUGACUACACCCAGUUUUUCUGAGGAUUCACAGCCACUUAGCUCUAAAAUAACUCAUUUCCACUCGACAGUAUUACUCUUUUUAUGUGUUUUACAUUUUAAAAUAUUCACGUAAAAGAUACAAGAACUCAAUCACCUCCUGUCCGGCCUUUUUUAAAAUUUAUUUAAAAUAAGAUUAUGUAGCAUUAAAGAGAAAUUCAACUGCACUAACCUGUGCAUCAACGUCCACAGGUAAAUUCAGAGUGGUAUAUUACAUGAUACUACGGCUUUAGUGUCAGACACUGUGAGAAAUGGCAGCUGGCUGCAACAUGAAGGAGAGAGAAAUGCUUUCGGUGCAUCUUUGAGCGUCACUGAGCAGGUGGAACAUUGUGGACAUGUAGCUGUAAGUCUUUUUAUAUGAAUGUGGGCGGCACACAGGCUGUUACAACCCUGUGGUGUCUGGUGUAGAAGCAGUUUUUUUCAGAAUGCUGUAUUCAUCCCACAUUUUUAACAAGAGCUUCCCUCAACCCUUGUUUUGACUUCAAGGAAACAGUCUAAUGAAUCACCACGUGAAUGUCACCAACAGCACCACCUCGUGGUCACUUGUCUUUCCCUUCCCUUUUUAUUUUGUGUUAAAUACGAAUUAUCUAACUCAGCUCUGAACUACUCUGGAUUUACCUCUCAGGAAGACGUCAUGUGGGCAAGCAGGUGUGACUGCAUACCUGCGUGUGUCGACUACAUGUGUUUGUAUGUGUGCAUUCUUGCAUAUGUGUGUUGUGUGAUGCAAAUCCAACAUGUGUUUCAACACCUGCCCUCAGAAAGGCUGUUAAACACAUUCAAGUGGAAGUUGUUUCAGAUUUACUCUGUAGACUCUUGAGCUGGGUCCAUUUUUAGUUUGCAAAACUUUAUUGAAACUACUGAUCAGUGGAGUCAAGGCCACAAAAUCAAAACCCAGUGCACAUGCACGUGAAUCUGUUGCACAUUUCCUGUUCUGUUUGUGUCAUGGCCGCACUGCUCACCUAUCUUCCCUCUGCGCUGCAGCAGGAACAAAAGCAGGCUUUGUCCUCAUCCUUUGCUCCCAGCCCCGCCGAGGCAUGUGACAGCCGGCACUUCUCCGCGAGCGAGCGAACAGGGCCGACCGGGGCCCAGACCUGCUCAACACGUUUGCGGCACCAACCCAUGACAGCAAUAAGUGUUUACUCGCCACCACAAUGUAGCUUAGUCACCAUCUUAGUGGAGUUAAAAAAACAAAUAAUGAUUGUAAGUUAUAUAGCAGAGAAGGGGGUGAGAAGGUCAAGGCCUGGUUGGUUAGUUUGGCCUGGUAGUGGAGAUGAUAACAAGUUAAUGGCACACCUCUGCCAAACAGCUGCUGUGGCACACCCAUCAACACACACACAUGUUUUAUACUCGAAGAUUUCUGCUGUAUCCACAAGCUGCACUGUAAAACAAUCACAUCCUCCUUUCCACCCUCACUGUUGAAUGUCUGACACAAACACACCAAGAUGUCGCACUAAAACCAGCCGCACCCAUGACUAAGCAGCUGUGCUCAACAAAGCCACAUUCAACACCACUGUGGUUUUGUUGGCCAUGAUUAGAGCUCUUGAUAUUUUUUCUUUUGUUUGAGAAAAUGCAUGUCGUUCCCUUGUGAAAGGAAAAGGAUCCUCUGCAGAAAAGCUCUCGGAUCUUGAACCGUGUGCUACAAACCUGCAAACUAAACUUUGGCGUUGUAUGUGUCGGUUUUGUGUUACACUUGUACAGAUGUCGUUCUCUCUAUACCUCAAGUUGUUUUCCUCAAGAGCAUGCAUAUCGUGAAGAGGGUCAUGCUUUUUUUCAUGCGUCUCUGUGUCAUCAUCGACUCUUUUUGUGGCAUGCUCCUCAUCCGCCUCAAUUCCAAACCUCUCACGUCAGAGUAUUUUUUACCAGGCCCUGUUGUACAUGAUGAGAGUUUAUUUUCUGCCCUCUCGUGAAGCUGACGCCGGGCACUAAACUUGUC